AUGAAUUUUACAAAUCGUUCUAUUUAUAGUGAAGUUGGUGACGAAACUGCUAAAAAAGCCUCUUCACGUAAGAGAAAACAAACUUCCGAAGAAACAACUGUUGAACGUAAAACUAAUCCCAGACGUGCCGCGAAAACUAAAGCUGAAGAAGCUAAAGCUGCAGCAGCUGCUGCAACAAGUUCUUCAACCUCUAAAACUAAAGCAACGGGAACAUCUAAAAAGGCUAAAACUGAGAAAACCGAUGCUCCCGGUCUUCCUACACCCAAAGUUUUCUUGGCCAAUGCUCAAGGACUUAAAGUGGUAAUCUCUUAUCCUACUACCGAAAAGGAAGAUGACGAAAAUGAGGAGGAAACCUCUAAAAAAGAAGGAACCGAAGAAGAAAAAGAAAAAACAAAAGAGGAAGAAAAAUCCACAGCAAAGAACGGUGAUUCGGUUGCUGAUAUAACAUCAGAAGAAAAUGAACCAUUGUACACCUUGACCGCAAAACCUCAAAGACACGCUAGUGGUAGUUAUGGAUGGACAGCAAAUAUUCCAAAAGGGAAGAUUAAGGUAGACAUUGAUGGUGAAGAGGUCGAAUUACCUGUUACGAUCAAUUUAAAUAUUACCGUUCAAGGUUCUAAGAAAUAA